GAUUGCUCGUUUCGAAAGAGCCGUGGCGCAGACAUUUUUCUCAUUCGAAAGUUACACACACGUGCGGUUUUGUCAGCAGAUACGUAUGGAAUAAGUGUAUUUUGCCCUGUUACUUUGUGCUGUGGAGUUGUCCGUGUAAGCAGUGAAAUUUUUGUGUCCAACAUGAUUUUUCAGUGUCAUGUGUGCGAUAAAGUCUAUCCUAAAAAAGGAAAUUUGAAUAGACACCUGUUAGAGGUUCAUGGACUGCAAAUAGAGCAGAAAAAAUUGUUUGUGUGCGCCCUGUGUAAUGAAAGAAGUACUUCUGAAAAGUGCCUGUUUGAACAUUUACGGUCGGCACAUGAGGUAGAUGUGAAAUAUUACAUUUCAGCACCGCUGAUGAAUUUCAGAAGUGGAAGGAGGAAACUGAGCAGACAACGCUCUCAAAGUUCUCAAACGUCGUGGUUCCCAUGCUAAGGUUGAUUCAGAAGUUGUUUCUUAUAUUUGUCACCGGUCUGGUAAGUUUGUGUCUAGAGGAAAAAACGUGCGAUGUCUUAAAUUGCAAGGUAGUAGUAAGAUUGAUGCACUGUGCCCUGCUAAGAUGAGAGUAGAUAUGAAAAAGAAUGGAACUUGCUGUGUGAAAUAUGUUUCAACCCAUGUUGGCCACAAAUCCGAGUUAUGCCAUCUGCAACUAACAAAAAGAGAAAGGGAAAGUAUUGCUGCAGAUAUAGCAAGUGGCAUACCAUUCUCUGUCAUAUUAGACAAAAUUCGAGAUACAGUUGUAGAUUCGAACUUGGAAAGGAUACAUUUGAUUACGAGACAGGAUCUACAUAAUAUAGAUCAGUCUUAUAAUUUGUCCUUCAAGUCAAUAAGACACCAUAAUGAUGCAAUAAGUGUAGAAGCAUGGGUAAAUGAAGUAAAUGGUGGAGACAGUCCUUGUGUGCUUUUCUAUAAACCACAGGAUGUAGUCCUUGAUUCGUACCCACAAUUAAAGCGCUCUGAUUUUGCAUUGAUAAUUAUGAACAAUGCUCAAGGCGAGAUAUUAAAGAAAUAUGGGAACGACUGCGUUUGUGUUGAUGGGACACAUGGUCUUAAUGGAUAUAAUUUUGAACUUAUAACUCUACUAGUGCUAGACGAUCUAAGACAAGGGUUUCCAUGCGCGUUUCUAAUAUCUGACAGGAAUGACUCCCAGAUGCUGUCCAUAUUUUUCCAGCACAUAAAGAGGCAGGUUGGAUCAAUUUCGCCAAAUGUUUUUAUGUCGGAUUUGGCCGAGUCUUUCUUUAUUGCAUGGAAUGAUGUCAUGGCAGCUCCAUCUAUGCGACUUUAUUGUACAUGGCAUGUUGAUAGAUGUUGGAGGAAGAAUAUCAAAUGUAAGAUUCAAGGUGUAGAAAAACAAGGUGAAGUAUACAAGCAAAUCAGAACUUUGAUGCAUGAGCAGGAUGUAGAUUCAUUUGAUGAGAUGUUAAAUAUUGUGCUAGAGAGAUUGGAAUGUGAUCCUGAUACAGUUCAAUUUGCCACAUACUUCCGAGACAACUAUGUUGGGAAUGCAAAUUCUUGGGCAUAUUGCCAUAGAUUGAAUGCUGGAAUCAAUACCAACAUGCAUAUAGAAAGAAUGCAUCGCACUAUUAAAUAUAUAUAUCUAGGUAGUAAAUGUGUCAAGCGUUUGGACAAAGCUAUUUUUGCAUUGAUGUCAUUUGUGAAGCACACGCUGGAAUAA